AUGAUGGAAGCCCCAAAAUUACCACCAAACCACCCAGUGCCCGUCACCUCCAACCUCCCCUCACUCCCGCCAACCUUUCUCUACCCCUCCUCUACCCCUCCACAGCUCGUCACCCAAGGCGCCGAAGCCCUCCUCUUCCGCAGCACCUACCUGCUCCCCUCGCUGCCCUGCGCGCUCAAAUACCGCCCUCCCAAACCCUACCGCCAUCCUAUCCUCGACCAGCGCCUCACGAAACACAGAAUCCUUUCCGAAGCGCGCGUGCUGGCGAAGUGCAGGAGAGAAGGCGUGCCCGUGCCGGCGGUGUAUGCGCUGGAUGAGACGAAGGGAUGGAUGAUGGUCGAGUGGAUCGAGGGCGAGGUGGUGCGGAUACGGGUCAACGAGUGGUUGCAGCGGAGGAAGGAGGGCGGCGUGCGGGAGGGUGAGGAUGAUGGGGAACUGGUCGGGCUGAUGGCGCGGGUGGGUGAUGCGGUCGGGAGGAUGCAUGCCGUGGGCGUUAUACAUGGGGAUUUGACGACGAGUAACCUGAUGUUGAGGCCGCGGGGGAGGCAGGGGAUUGAAGGGGGCUCGGUGGAGGGAGAGAAGUUGCUGGAUGGGGAGAUCGUGCUCAUAGAUUUUGGGCUGGCGAGUCAGAGUGUGCAGGACGAGGAUCGCGCGGUGGAUCUGUAUGUGCUGGAGAGGGCGUUUGGAAGCACACACCCUAAGGCGGAGAGUCUGUUCAAGGAGGUGCUGGCUGCGUAUGGAAAGAGCUUCAAUGGUGGGCUUGUGGUGCUGAAGAAGCUGGAGGAAGUGAGAAUGAGAGGGAGAAAACGGAGUAUGCUUGGUUGA